UUCCACGGUACAUCGAAGAGACGCAUUUCGAUAAUUUAUCGUCAAUCAAAUGGUGACCAGUGACCCCCAAACUCAGUAAAUACCCCCCGAUUACCAAAAAAUUCACUCGGAAUUCACCGAUAACCCGAUAGCCCCCGAUAACAACCCCUCGACCCCUCGAUACUCAAUAAAAUAUCGAGUUAAACGUGUUUGAAUACGGCGCCACUGUCGUCCCCCUCUUUAAAAAUCAUGGGGGGUCGGGCAAUCGAAAAUUCGGGGGGUGGGGGUGGAGGAAUGAAAAAAAAUUGAAAGGUCUUCGGUGAUUCUCCGGCAUUUUCUCCAGUUUUUCAGUUUCUAUCAUUCCCAGUGAUACUCGGUUGAAUAAACUAGGGGAUGACGUGGACACAGGGGCGGUGGGGUCAAAGGGUGAUCGGGGGGGUGCGGGUUGUUACCCCCAAGUGAUUGAUCUCGUGGAACAGGUGCAUCAAUUGGAAUGUGUCCGGACAAUCACUCGAUCAUCAAUGAGGGCAAUUGUGGUUAUGAUAAUGCAAUGAUUUAUUUCAAUUUGAUCGUUGAAUUGACGGGGAUUCGGACGAUUCGAUGACAUGUGGGCGUGUACUCACUCCAGGGUGGUGAUUUUGGAUUAUUGGGGUGAUUUUUUUAUUGGUAUGACGGGGCUGUGAAAUUUUUUUCGUUUUUGACGGGCCCAAGGUGGUUGGCAUAGAUUUUUUUCUUUUUUUAUGUGUAUCGGGAAAGCGACGUAUUGUUAUGAGUGUUUUCAACGCCACGGGGAACAACGCCGUCGGGACGCCUGAGGGUGCCGACGACUGGAUGGAAUUCUGCGACAGACACGCCCGCGCAUCCGCAUCCGAUUUUGCCAAGGCCUUUUGCACUUAUGUCAGUCUUAAUUUGCCGGAGAGUGCCAGGGCUACUCUGUCCCACAGGGAUUUCUUGAGGAAAUUCAUUGAUACCUUUUGCGAGCACUUCGAGAGCGAGUAUCUCAGGAGAAGUGCCAGAUCUCCCUCAUUCCACGACACUCGUCAUCCAGUAACGAAUUCAACUAGUCACAACAAUCGUGUGCCAAUUCGUGCAUCAUCCCACGAGGAAUUCAGUGAUUAUUCUGAGCACGAGGGUGACAUUGUCUCCCCAAAGCCAGUGCACAAGCCCUUCUUCCGUCGAUUAUCGUUCAAGGGUUUGAAAAAGGGAAAAGGCUUUUUCCACAAGCAGCAGAGCGAUGAGGUCGAGCUGUCCCACAGCGAUCACAGACGAGACAAACACUCGAAAUCGAAGCUCUCGAAAAUAGUCGUUGAGUGUAGAAAAGAGGGUGUCGUCAACUCCUUGAUGGGAGAGAAUCCAGAUGGAACACAGAAAUGGGAGAAAUCACGAUUAGCCCUUAUCAAGGCCAUUGGGGGAUACAUGCUGGAGUUUUACUCUCCGCCGAAGGCUGUCAAGCCAAUUUCUGGCGUUUUUUGCUCAGCUAUUACUGAGGCCAGAGAGACAACUGCCCUGGAGAUGCCAGAUCAUGAGAAUACUUUUGUCUUGAAGACCCAGAGUGCUGAGUUCGUCAUUGAAGCUCAUGACUCGGCUGACAUGAGGUCCUGGCUGGCAACCAUCAGGUACUGCAUGAGGAACGCACAUUUGAACUCCAUGAGCACUAAUGCCAGUGAUACCACUGAUGGAGUUGGUCAUGGAGCUGCUGGAGGCAGCGAUGGCGACAGAUUGAGAGCGAAUUCAGCCAGCAAAUCAUCGAGAUCCACCCACGAUCACGGAAAUGACGUGGGGAAUCCCCCGGAGUUGCCACCGAGACUCAGAACGAAGAGCAACAGCAAUUUGGAAUUGUGCUCCUCUCAACAAGAAAUUGAACAAUUGCCCAAUGAGGGGGAGCUCGAUCUUGCUGUGAGUUUGAGGGAGUAUCCAUGGUUUCAUGGGACAUUGCCACGAUCUGAUGCUGCACAACUGGUGCUGCACAGCGCUACCAAUGGUCAUGGAGUAUUUCUCGUUCGACAGAGUGAAACCAGAAAGGGAGAGUUCGUUCUCACUUUCAAUUUUCAAGGGAGGGCUAAGCAUCUUCGGAUGACACUGAAUGAUCAGGGCCACUGUCGAGUUCAGCACCUGUGCUUUCCAGCAAUUCUGGACAUGCUGGAUCAUUUCCGUCAGAAUGCAAUACCCCUGGAGUCUGGAGGAACAGCUGACGUGAUGCUAACUGAAUUCGUUGUGGCAACCCACCUCCCAAGACCACCAGUUCACCCAGUGGCAGCUACAAAUGCCCAAUCAGCCCAGGAGAGGAGACCGGCGGCUGCCCCAGAGCCAAGAGAAGUACAGACAUACGGUGGAUCGAUAAGGACCCGAAUGGAGUCGCUAGAGAGAUUAGAGCAGCAAAAUGCUGAUCAGCAGGCAUCUACGAGUGGUAGAGCAGUACAAAAUACAUACAGUUUUCUCUGACGCUGGAUACAGAGGAGAUUAACAUCUGGCUAUCGUUUGGUCAGUCAUCCUGAAUAAAAGAUAUAUAUUUUUUAAAUACCUAUUUAUAUGCUUCAAUACGCCUCAAGGAAAAUUAACAUUCUAUCGACUCAUUCCAUCGAGAAGGAAAAUAACACGAAACGUAAUUUUUAUUAGGCUCAACUUAUCGCUGUAUACGAAUUUUCCACGUAAUCUGUACAUAAUUUUGAUUUCAUUUUUUUUUUUUUGCUUGGAGAUCUGUCUGUUACUUUGCACUGGGCUGUAAUCUAUUGAAAAGCCUCGGCUCAAACUGCAUAAUUGUGAAUAUAAUAUUUUUCGCCUAGAAGAGAGCAGGAAAAUAUAGCGUCAGGAGAUCCAGGAAAUUUUUUUUCGUUAUUUGGAACGAUUUUCUAUUUAUAUCUUGGCGUUUUUUGGAAAUGGCGAAAUUUUCAUAGAGACUUUUUUUAUAGAUAAUUGUGCUGGCUGCAAGAAAAGUCUCUACAAAAAUUUUGAUAGCUCCAUUGAGGAUGGAGAUGCAUUGAAAUUUAUCAUAAUUUAUUGGUGAAUCAAUUUUUGAUUUGUGGAAAAUGUCUAUGCUUUUGUUUUUGUGAAACUGUCACACCUGGAGCUUCUCGAAUGAUUAUGCACAAAUCAUACGAUACAUAUAUAAAUAUAUAUAUUUUUCAUCAGUAAACGAGAAUAUUUAAGAUUCCGUAGAUUUGGGAUGAAACGUCAAAUCAAAUAUUGAUAAUUGUAAAUAUUAAUUGUCAAGGUUCAUUGUUUGUUUCGUUGGUUUUUUUUGGCAGCAUUCAGUGCAGAAUUUGUGAAAAUCUGUAAUUAUCCCAGAUAGAUUUUUUUUUAUAUAUAUAUUUUUUUUUCUUUUCAUUGUUGAAAACGCAGAAAUAUUUCUCCGAAAAGACUGCCUGUUAUUGAUUUGUACAAAUGUCAUAUAUCUGUAUGUUAAUUAUGUUUUGUCUUUUUUCAAUAAUCAUGGGUACUGUCUUAAUUGUCUGGAAAGAGAACUGAAAUUCGUGGUUAAAGCAGGUCAUAGCAGAAGAUUUCACAAAUACCUCGAAAACAGUCCGCGGAAAUUUACAGCUCUCGAGAUAUCUGCGAAAUAAUCUAGACGAAAUUCUACCUUUGCCACGUUACUCCUGGAAUAAUUAUUGAAGUAAUCAUAAUUUAUUGUAAUUAGUAUCGCAGAGUCCAAGAAUUUGCACAGAAUGUACACCUCUCCCAUUGCCUCAAGGAUAAAUCAACAAUGAGACUGUUAGUGUCACAAUAAAAUGUCAAAACGAGUGAGGAAAGCGAGUUUAAUAUUAAACUAAUAAUUUGCCAAUAUUUUCGAGUAUUUUCACGAGAAUUGAUAAUGCCAAUCAACGCUAGAUAUAACAAGGAUCAACGAGUAAAUUUUAUCAAGGUACUUAAUUAGAAGUGGAGAAUCGAGUUUGUGUUUUUAUCUUGUUGAGAAAUUAGAAAAUGGGUGAAACCAUUCUAAAUUGAUGUUUUAUUCUGCAAUUAUCCAAAAAUUAAUAAAGUCAAUGUCUCUACAUUGAAAUAUUUUUUAAUUAAAAAGGAAAAACAUCUCGAUAUGAAUCGAUAAUUCCUGGUAGUAAUAAUUUUUCAAUUAUCUAAUUAUCUUGAU